AUGUCAGUCCCUACUUCUCAAUACAUAAGCAACGUCUGGAAAGAUGGCAUCUUCGCAAAUAAGGUGGUCUUCUGUACUGGCGGCGCUGGCACCAUCUGCAGUGGCCAAGUCCGCGCGUUGGUUCACUUAGGCGCAAAUGCCUGUAUCAUCGGUCGCAAUGUCGAGAAGACCGAACGUGCGGCCAAGGACAUUGCCACUGUCCGAGCGGGUGCAAAGGUCAUUGGGAUCGGCGCCGUGGAUGUUCGCAAAUAUGACAGCCUGAAGGACGCCGCGGAUCGCUGUGUUAAGGAGCUUGGUGCGAUCGACUUCGUCAUUGCUGGCGCAGCAGGUAACUUCUUGGCCUCCAUUGAGCAAUUAUCCGUCAACGCUUUCAAGUCCGUCAUGGACAUCGACGUUCUGGGGUCAUAUAACACCCUCAAGGCAACGCUUCCUCACCUGGUCGCCUCGGGAACGAAGCACCGCAUUGACUCGGACUCCCUUGAACCGUCCCCUAUUGGAACUGGAGGUCGUAUUAUCUUCGUCAGUGCAACUCUCCACUAUCGCGGCACUCCUUUCCAGGCCCACGUGGGCGUUGCGAAAGCCGGCAUUGACGCGUUGUCAAAUUCGAUCGCUAUUGAAUACGGUCCGCGAGGUGUGACGUCUAACAUCAUUGCACCGGGGCCUAUCGCACAAACGGAAGGGCUGGAGCGCCUUCUCCCCUCCGAUACCAAGGCCGACUAUAUCAAUUCGCAACCGCUAGGCCGCAUCGGUCAUGUGCGCGAUAUCGCCGAUGCAACUGUCUAUCUGUUCUCAGACUCAGGAAGCUAUGUCACUGGUCAAACACUAGUCGUUGAUGGCGCAAACUGGCGCACCUCUUCUGGGUCAGGCACUGGUAACCUAAAGUACCCGGAUUUCCUCUUGUCGGGGAAGAGAAACAAAUCUCGCGAGUUCUAG